UUGUAAGCUAUAUAGGGCGGUGCAGUUGCAGUUGGUCGGCACUUUUGCCUCACAGCAAAUUAUUUUAUUUGCAGAUUUUUUUGUGGCAAUUCUAUAAUCAUUAUUGAUAUUUAGUGGUGAAAUAAUCAAGGUAAAAGAUUAAAAUGAAAUGCCCUUUUCCAGAAAUUGAGUCAGACAUGACAUCUGUGCCUCUCAGGUGACAGCCAGCUCUACUGAGCAUGCUCCGGACAUGGCCAGGUAACCUAAGAUACUGUAGACACACUCGUGCACACAGUACAUGCUACAGCACUAAAGCAUCCAGUGAAUGAUGGAGCAGACAGUCCCCAGGAGCUAUACCCCAUGGUUAUGGAUUAAUAUGUGAGUUGAGUGUACCAUGUCCUGAGCGAGGGGUUGACCUUUGGGCUUUGAUCAACAGGUAAGCAGUUUUUAGUGGGGGGUUUUCUGAUAAUGGUGCACCCUGUUAUUUGUUUGGUGUAGGGGGGAGCGUAUGGAGGUUCAGAGACAAAACUGAUGCAUUCGAUACAAAGAAAUUACUUUUCAGAAAAUGUCCUGCUCUCUGUGGUGUGUAUAGAAAUAUAUAUUUAUGUUGCACGGCUGUGGUUGCCAUGGGAACCAUGACUGAAAGUGUGUGUGCACAAGUUUUUCAUUGCAUUCGAAAUACGCUGCUUCUUGUGCAAAUGACAGUGACAAUAAACGUGAACUGAUUAAUUUCCCUUCCUAUUGAAAUAUUGUCUCAUCACAUGCUUGUAUGGUGGGAGAAGAUAAUGUACAGUGGGGGACUUGUGGCAUCAGGGAAUCUGAUUUAUGGGAUGGAGGAAAAUUUGGAUUAAAGAUUAGAAAUACUAGUUGGACUGGGAUUAGUUUAGUGGGCUCUAUGCCACUGGCUUUGGUAUAGAAGGUCAGGGUUUCAACUCCAGGUCAUCCCAGUAAGUGGGCCCCUAGGCAAGCUACCUGCCUCAAUGAUUGUAAGUCGCUUUGGACAAAAGCAUCAGCCAAAUUAAUUUAAUGUAAUGUAAUGUGCUAGUUGCUAAGUUUCUAUUAUUUGGAUGUAGGUAGUUAGUGUACUGGAUGCUCUUCUUGGGAACAGCUGAUUAUGAUUUUAUAUUGAGGGUUGAUGACUUGAGGCUCAACCAUAUACUAAUGGAUUGAUUAUGGCAUGGGACCUACAAGGCAAAGAUGGAUUUUUUCCGGAUUGUCACAUGCAAAGAGACUCAGAGUAAAAAGAGAUCAGAAUGAUGCCAAACAGAGACACCGAGAGACAAAGAGAUGCGGAACAACUAGAGGAAACUAUUGGAAACAAUUAAAACUAAACUUCCUCCAUGCUGCCUCAUACCCUCUACAGCGGCCGUAGGAUGGUGUGCGUGAGCACUGACAACCCGAUUUACCAUGAUGCUGGAGGUGACUGAGGCCGACUGUGUCCCGUCCAAUCAAGACAUCGCAGUGCAGAUAGAGACAAGAGGCAGUGAGAUGCCACGGCCAUACGCUCGAGAUCUGGCCAUCACUGCCGUCAUCUGCUUUAUUGGUGGCAUUGGCUUGACUCUGCUGGCAGUCCUGAUUUACUAUCAAGUGUCCCACAAGAAGAAACUAAAAGUAGGUGAAACACAGAAGGAGGAAGAGGAAGGACGCCCCGCUGUUUUCAGCAACCACAUCAGUGAGAAGAGGAGGGAUGUUUCCUUGCAAGCUAGUAGCAGUCAACCAUCGGACAGGAAAGCCAUGAUGUUCGAAAAUCAUGGUGGCCAGUUUUGGUCCGGAGUGGAUGAGGAUGAUGGUCAUUUUAGGUGCCUAGACCGCACCAAAUCACAGAGGGGGGUGUGGCCGAAUCAGAUGAGAUUGAAUAAUGGGAUAAACAGAGAGAUGGAGGCUGAGGAGGAAAGAGAGAAGAGGAGAAUGAGGGUGAUGACAGAGGAGGAGAGGAGGAAACUUGGGAUUCAGCAGGGAACCCUGAUCAGGGAAAUUCCUAAAAAGCUUCUUUCUCUUGGAAACUCCAACUCUUUUACUCAUCCAUGGAGAGAAACCUUCAAUGGAAGACCAGGGACCCUGUCAGCUUAUAAGACAGACAGAAACAUGGACAGCUACAGGACUGAUGUGGAAGGUAGGAGUAAUGGAUAUGAGAAUUUACACUGCGAGAGCUGCCACAGGACUUCCAGACCACCAGGGCAGACCGUGAGACCGGGGAGGAUUCACACCAACAUGAGAGACUCUGCUCUGAUUGACAGCGUCUCUCCACAACACAGACUGAUUGACAAGGGUAGGAAUGUUAACCACAACCAGUUUGACACGAUGAAGGACACAGAGUUGAGAAGAGAAGGAAGACAUGUAACAUUUGAUCUGGAGGGGUCGAGAAUCCUAGAGCAAGGUGAGGACAAGAGGGAGGGGAGAGGGAGGACCUCCAGAGACAAAGACAAAAGAAGAACAAGGAGACAAAAAGGUCAAAUCCAAUCCAGUCGACAACUGAAGGUCAAACUAAACUUGAGCCCUCGUAGAAAAAGUAAAGUCCAUCCUAAGAGGAAAACCGAGCAUGGCGACCGAAGCAGCUCCAGUAAAAGUAAAGAGAAAAGAGAGGAUGGUAAAGAAAGAGAAGAAAAGGAAGGGAAACCAAAGUCUGGUAAGAAGACAAAGGGGAGCAGCGAGAAAAUGAAGAAAUCCACCAGGAGUACAGGUUCUUCUGAGGAAGAGAAGGAGAAAAAAAUUGACAGAGAAGGAAAAAGCAAAAGUACCUCUCAGCAGAAAAAAAUACCUUCCAAAUGUGAUAAAAAUGGGAAAGAUGCCACGGCAGGUGACCAGGAGUUGACACACCCUGUCAACUCCCAGUCUGGUGAUACCACCACUGCUGAUCAAUCCGCCUCUGCAAUUACUACUGGGCAGGGACACAACUUGCAGGGUGGGAGUAUUCAGUAUCAGGAAGCUGGAUUGGUUCUGGGAAAUGCUCAGCUUCCCUCCCAGCAUCCCUUUCCCCUCUCUGCCACUGAGAAGAAUCACACCACCGACCUUUCCCUGUUAGACUCAGCUGGCUCACAUCUGGCUGGCAGUAGCCUCUCUCUUCAAGGAGGGGAUAUUCAACUCAAUGCCAUGACCCCAGGAUCCAAUGCACUGUUGCCCAAUGGACAAGCGAAUUCCGUUGCUCCUUGCAUAGGAAUCGUUGGGCCAAACUACGCUUCUAGUGGUGCUGUAGACAGCUUUAGCAGGCCAACUGGGGCCAGCCUUGUGUCUCCUGCUACUCCUCUCCUGGCUAACCCUUUGCAAGCAAGUGGUACACAAACCACUCCUCUGCACAAGUCCCAAGCAGGAGGACCUUCCAUGAUCUUAGCGACUAACCCAGCUAUGAAUCCUGUGCCUAACCGGUCCUUAUCCCAGAUCCAGCUGCCUGCAGGCAGCUCUCCUCUUGUAGCUAGACUGAAGUAUGGCCCAGCUCAGGGACCAGGCCUUCAGACAGCAGAAGGACUUCAUCAGGCACCCCCAGGAUCUCAGGCACCCCAGUCCAAAGAGAGCCUCCUUGUACAGGCUCCGGCAUCUCCAAGUACACACGGUCUGUCCGAGGUAAACCGUCAGGCACUGGGAUCAUUGACUACAGUGGAGCAUUUGUCAGACAAUACUGGUCCGACAGGGACUGGGCAUGCAGCUGGUGGGUCAGCAGGCAAUAGGUUAGCUGGGGCUGUGGCUCUAACAGAAGGACCAGCAGUGGGGGUGUAUGGAGACGACAUGGACACAGCUGUAUCAGGUGUCUCUGUGCCUAGUAUGUCUGCUCAGAAUGGAUCCUCCACAGGGGGUGCUGAUGGUGCUGAUGGUGCUGAUGGAGCUGAUGGAGCUGCUGCGGCUACUGCACUGCUGCAGCAGGAGUAUGUGACCAAGGAGGGAGGCUCCUCUCCGAGGAGGAAGCUGAGACUGGUGCUUCCUGAGAAGACAUCCAGUCGACCGCCCACAGCACUGGAAAGGAAGAUACGCUAGCAGGCUCACACCAUAUUCCAAGUUCUCUUUUGUUGAUGGUUGAAAUGAGUUGUGUGGAUACUUUGACUACAGAGAGAAUUCAUAGCUGUUCACUUUGUGUUCACUAUAUGAAUGGUCCCUGCAGGAAAAUUGAUUCAUACAUUCAUAGCUUUUGGAAGAGCCGUCAGAGGCACUUCUGGGUUAAGUGUCUUGCCCAAGGACACAUAGGCAUGCCGACUGGGGGAAGCUGUGAGCGAACCUCCAACCUUCGGGUUAGAGGACCGACUCCACCUCCUGAGCCACAGCCGCCCUAAACAGGGUGUGAAAGGGGCGUACGCCACUGCCCACACAAAAGUUGGGAUUUUGUCAAAACAAAGGUGACGGGAAACUCUGACCUCUGCACUCGGGGAUAUUGGGAUACAGAUGGUAAAGUGGUGAAUUGUUUAAAGCCAGAUUGUAGAAAUGAAAUGCCUCUCACACAAUGAAUUGAUUUCAUAUCACACAAAAAUAGAUCCACUUUACCAUUUCCCUCUCCCCUCCGAGAGCAUAGACUGAGCCAUCGCACCGUGAGGCAGGCGGACAAAAAAGACAAGACAGGCAGCAGGUGAUCCCAACAAUGACACAUUUCAGUUUUUAGAUUUUCAAGAAAUUUGUAUUAUGAAAUGUCAAAAAUUGCAUUUUAAAGUUAAAUCUACUACUGAAUAGUGUGCAAAAAGUGAAAAGGUCUGAAUACUUUAUGAUGUUUUUUUAACACAUUUUUAACAAAACAGAAAUAGCACUUCAUGCAAAGUUUAAUAUCAUAAAGUCAUACUCAAUACUUUAGUUGACUAAUGUCUCACUCACACUUAUACUGUUUGAUGUGGUUUUAAUUUAUAAUCAUAAACAAAGUAAAAAUCCUCGCUGUUGUUCAGCUUAAAAAGAACGAGCUACUGAUACUUACUACUGGUUUCUGAUACUAAGAUAUGAAUAACCAUGAAGUAUUAUCUUUAGACACAUUUUAGAUCAUGGCCACUCUUGGAUAUCAACAUUUCAUUUUCUUCACAAAAUAAUCAGUCAUUUUGUGAAAAACAGCAUUGUGCAGAAACACCUAAGAGACCACAGCAUUUGUUUUUUGCCUGCUCUAGUGUGCAUUAGUGUGUCACUGCUGUGUUGGGUUUCAGGUUUUGUCACAAAGCUGUUUGCAGUGUGUUGGGUUUCACUGGUCACACUGCCGACCUCUAAAGGCCGAACCACAGAGAGUUAAGUUUACUCUUACCAGACCUUAACCAUAUCACUGUUGCUUCAACUCUUCAACAUAACGGACCCUUGUCUUUACAACCCAGCAUUACAGUGAGUAAAUAAAAAAGAAAAGAAAUGGGCUUCAACCAGCCAAAGACUGCUCACGUCACUCAUGCUUGCCUACAGGGUCGUCGCCAUUGGCGCGGCAACCAGCUGCCUGAGUGACAUCCUUCCGAUGUGUGAGCCUUCCCGCUCACUACCACUACUCGUGAUGAGCGCAGACUUCAUUCAUCACUGUGAGGCAGGAAAAUCUCAUCAAUCCAACCCUGUGUGGUCCCUCAGUUCUGUCUCUGAAUGAGACGCAGUUUCCAGGGAGCCAGACUGUGACACAGUUUCUUUCUCAUGAUUCUUCACCCUGUGGCGGCUUAUGAGCCAGACAUUUGAUUUCAUUUUUCUUUCUGUUUUUCUUUUCUUUGAAUGCGAACGUGUCGAAUUUUUUUGUUGUCAAGUCAUCUCACCAUUUCAGUGAAACAGCAGUGCGUUCUUUCUGUAAAACACAUCGGUUCAAGAACAGUUUUUAGAAUGGUGUGAUAUUCAACAAAAAUAAAUAAAUACCGACCCCUGAGACCCCUUAAGCUGCUCUGAAGCUCUAAUAUGAAAUGUGUGGACUUUAAAAUGAUCUGCACUGAGCUGGAGGAGGACACUAUACCUUGAAGACAGAAGAGGAACAAGGCUCAGCUCCCUGCUUUUACCACCAGGGGGCAGUGUGUACUUUCUGACCCAGAGAGAGGCCGAUUAUUGAAGAAAACAGGAUUCAUGGCAGGAAUAAAAUGAGAAGCGCUCAAAAAUGUCAUUUUACAAGCAGACUUAGUAAUACACCCUGUUUUGGCAUCUGAUACUGUCUUUCAAAAUAUCGAAUGUGCAGAGCUGUCUUCGGAAAAGCACUUUAACGUCUAUCUACUGAUGCCACUGAUGAUGGUGAUAAUCACCACACAGAACUGUUUUGUUGGAAAUAAAUCCACUUAGAAAAAGCGCAUGUAAGUCUUGUCAUGUUAGAGAGGCCGUAUGAGCAUAAUGAAAAGACAGGGACUAUCGCGGAUUGAUCAAUCUUACUAAAUAUCAGCAGGCACUGACACCUGGACUACACCACCAACCUCUGUUGGCACUAAUGUAGCUGUGACCCCAGGCAUGUCUGUGUGUAAUGCAAGUGUUAAAAGCAGGAGAAGAAGUGCCUGCUGGGUGGGUUAUGUCUACACCUCCGAAGGCUUGCUUUACUGAAAAGUGGAAAUAUGCAUAAAUAUCUUGUGAUUUAUACACGUGUCAGAUCUAUUAGUAUCCCCUUACCUCUUGGCUGAACUGGUUAUUAAUUACAUACAUCUGCAUGUGUAUCAGGCCAAUCAUGACGAGGAUUACUGCAAGGUCCUGUAGUUUCAACACACCCUGGCCCUCAAUCUUAUUACUAGCAAUAAGGAAAGACAGACUUUCCUGUAGUUUAUUAACUGGCAUUUUAAAUGCGUGUCUCCUGAUUCCGAGUCAAUUGUUUUGGUUAGAGUUACUCAAAAGUAAAGACCGUAUCAUCCAGCUUGUGUCGCACCUCUAAUUGAUCCACGUCACAGAGCUCACCGUCACUUUGUGCAACACGAAUCAAAAUGUUACCUUUUUAUCACCCGUGGCAGAAUGAAUCCCUUCUCUUAACCACUUUGAAUAAAAACUGCAAAAUUGACCGCGAUGAUCAAGUCUUGUGUCCAAAGCGCUUCACACGAUUCGGUGUCUUCCCCAAGCACACUUGGAUGUGGGAACACUGAGCCGAACGGCACGCACGAUGGACAUAUGACAUACUUUAAGUUGCUAUGGCUAAGAAGUUGGAACAUUUUCCCACCAUUAUUCUUUUUCCACUGAGCUCUGCUUUUGGAAGACCGACUGAUGAGAAAAGCAUGUGGCUCUUUGGUGCUGGGCAGUUAGUAAAC